AUUGUUUUAUAAUUGACCGAAUAAUAAUGGAAGAGCCUAGGACCGAAAAAGAGAAAUGACUCAAAAUGACAAAGGAAGAGAAGUUACUCAGAGAUCAGAUUUAUGACAUCAUCGCAACAAUAAAGGAUCCAGAAAAGCCAUAUACCUUGGAAGAGCUGGAUGUAGUACAAGAGGACUUAAUUACAGUCAGGAAGGAUGAUGAUCUUGGUUACAUCCAUGUGAUGAUUAAGUGGAUACCCACUGUGCCACACUGACACUUGGCCCUAACAAUCGCUCUCUGCAUGAGGGCUAAAAUUGAGCAAGAGCUUGCGAUUCCCAACCUCAAAAUUGAUAUCAUUGUUGAAAAAGAUAAACACCAACUUAAGAAAGAGAUCGAUAAGCAAGUCAAUGACAAGGAAAGGUACUCAGCCGCCCUUGAAAAGGAAGAGGUAAUGGCAGUGAUUGAAGAGCUCAUAGAUGAUGACUAUUAAGAGACUCCCUACAUUCUAGAAAGAGAGUUCGACUCUAGU